AUGGCACCACCCGGACGGAAACAACAACAGAACAAUACUCGGUCGGCGUUGUCGGAACAACUCUCGAAGCUCGCGUCUGCGUUCCCGCGAGAAAAUACCAGAGCUCUGAAAGGAGGCAAAGCGUCGAUACUUCACACGGCGAGAGAUGCGGCGGACGUUCGAUUGGAAGAGAUUCAAGAGAGAGCGCAAAAAGCGUUCGAGAACGUGAGGAGAAGAGAUGGACGGUUCGACGCGUUCGGGAGUAAACUGUUUUAUACCGCGAACACGAACGGCGUUGGGAUGUUUGGAGAUGACGCAGAAGGUGAAGCGUUGGAAGGGUAUCAAAAGCAAAAUCAUCGAGAAAAACUGGACGCGAAAGAGAACGAGAAGCUGAAUAAAAUCAUCAGGCAGUUUCUGAGGCUGUUCGCGUCCACGUGCGGGAAGAUUUUUGGCGGCGACGAGGACGAAGCGACGGCGAAGGACGAGACGUUGAGAGAAGAAGCGGCGGACGGCGCGCAUAUUUUUGAAUAUCUCAUACGGAGGUUUAAAGUUAACGUGUAUAACGUGGACGACGUCAUCGCGUCUUUGUUGCCGUAUCACGGAACCAAUCAGUUCGUGAAGGUGGUGCAAACGUGCAAUUUCGAAAACGCGAAGAAGUUCGAGUGGAUGCGAGGGGUGAAGGAAAGCGGCGCCAAGGUGCCGAGAGAGUACUUGGCGAAACGAGUGGCGAAAGACAAGGCGUUUUUAACCUACAUUUGCGAUAGCGCGGUGGAAUGCUGCAACGGCCAAAGUAAUAACGAUUUGAACGCGACGAACGGUACGACUUCCGCGAGUUCGGUGAGUCAUUCGUUUUACGUCGUUUUAAUGAUUGAAAGUCUCGAUUGGAUGAAACGCAUUGAAAGCGCGCAUUUGCAAAGAUUUUUGACGUAUUUAGAGCCUGGAUUGCAUCAAAAAGCCUCGUCUGAACACUACGCGGGGUGUUUGAUGCUCAUCGCGGCGUUAUGCGCGAAGACGACGUUCACGGAGGCAUUUUCGGUGGCGCUCUUAGAAGGCGUUUCAAAAGGUGCUCGAGCGCCGCUCGUUCGAGAGGCUAUGCAAACGUUACUGGUGUUGUGUUCGAGUCAAAAAAUCGAGACUAUACCAGACCGGACGUUUAAGCAUUUCGUAAAAAUCGACAACGCGAGUUCUCACGUCGCGGAAAUAUGUGAUAAGUAUGGAACCGCGAGCGAUUGUUUGGUGAAUCCGUUGUUGGAAGCGCUCGGAAAGUUUUGCGGGACGCACGAAAAUUACGAAAAGACUCUCAUGGAAGCCUUGGAGACGAUUGAACUGACGGAACCGAGAGCGAAAAAGUUAGUUUGUAGUUUAGCGAGGAGCGAUAAAUCGGACGAAGUGAAAAGAAAGAGCAUCGAAAGAGCGUUGCGUGCGGCGGAUCAGAGGUUUCCGAAGAGCACCGCGGAAGCGGUGGAUUCGUUUUUGAGAGGUUUGGAACGCAGGAAAGAAAAAAGAGCGCACGACGAGCGACGACGACGAUUGCAAGAAAAACAAGAAAUCGAUGGAAAGGAGAAGAAGAAGAAGAAAGUAAAUAACGGUAGCAGUAGUUCGGAGGAGAGCGACGAAGAGGAGGAAGACGAUGAAGACGACGAUGAAGACGAUGACAAAACGAACGCCGAGGAAGAUCGAAUGAUGAUUGACGAAGAGACGAGGAAAAAAGAAGAGGAAAAGUUGAAAGAGGAAGAAGAACAGUUACGACUCGAUUUUGAAUCCGCAUCUUUCCUCCGCGAGGCUUUAGCUGGUUCGGCCUCGGGGCCUAUUGAGAACAAGAAGCUCGGCAAUCGAUCGUUGGCGGCUGCGUUAGAUCAUCCCACUGCGUCGAUUCGAGAGAACGCGACGCAACGUCUGAUUGACCUUCACGUCGAGUUCAUCGAAAAGAAGGCAAAAGACAAAGACAACACUCUUCUUCCGCCACCAGGUCUGGAGAAGGGCGGUUUCCUAGCCGACGCGCUGUGCCGUCGAUGCUCCGAUGACGAUCCAACUGUCGCCGCGUUGGCACUCGGCACUCCGUCUUUGAGCAUGCUGACGAAAAACCGAACGUCGCUUUUCGAAGCUAUCUCGCAUCGAUUAGAAACUGCGAGAGAGUUGAGCUCGAGAUCGAACGAGCGAGAUGCCAAUAAAGUCGCGGACAUUGAACGCAGAGUAUGUAAGAAGGCAUACGCGACACUUUUGAGGCAAAUGUCAGGCGACAGAAUAGACGACGACGACGACGACGACGAGUUAAGAACAUUGCGCGAUAAAGCCGCCGCUUUGGCAUGUUACGGCGCAGUUUCUGCGUCGCACUCCCGCGCGGUCGCUCGAUCUGUCGUAAAAGACGCCUCCAGGUGUAAGCACCCGAUUUUACUUGGUUUUACGGACGAGAAGAGAGCUAUCGAGCAAGCCUUCUCCUCCGCGGAAGACAGCAAGAGUAGCGGAUCUAAGAAGGAUGUGCGACACGAAGGCGAUGCGAGAAUAGCAGCGAGUGUCGUGCACGCUAUUGGUUACGGAUUCAAUCAAGCCGCAAAGAAACCACCCGCGAUAGGAGAGUUUGAUAUCGAAUUGUGGGUUCGCGAAUCGUACCGCGACGCGGACGGCGCCGGGAAGCUGACGCUUCUUUUAUCGCUGAAAGCCGCCUUGGCAGAGUGUAAUUCGUCUCCAAUGGAAGAUAUCAUACGCAAGAGCAUCUGGACGGUAUUGAAGGACGACUGGGAACAAGGAUGUCUCGGAUUUGGUGGUAAGUUUCGGUCCCAUCACGACGAAAGACUCAAGGAUGGUAAAAUUCCAAUCGAGUGUUGGCUCUCUCUCAGCGAAGCAUCUAGUGCUCUGCCUUGGAUUUCACCAGUCUCUAGAGACAUUGCGAAAGAUUUGUUCUCCAAAAUCACAAAGAGAGAUGCAAAAAGUAACGUCGCUGAAACUAUUUUGAUUGAGUCGUUUGAUAUGCUCGCCGGGAGCGAAAGUGAACAAACAAACGAAUCCUUCGAAACGAUAGUGCAAGAUUUGUUGCGCAAGUGUUUAGAUGCGUCAAGCCGACGAGGCGUUGAUUCAGUGAGGUUCCUCGCCUCCAGAAUAAUCGCGGAGGACGGUACGAACGAACAAACUUUCGCAUCGAGCACGCGAGGUAAGAUUGUCGCUUUAGAGAUGAUUCAAUCCGAAAUCGAGGACGUGAAGGAUUCCGACGAAAUCGUAACAGCGCUCUUAGUCGCUUGUGCAAGCUCGGUGUCGUCUAUUCGUCGGGCUGCAGCAGACGCGCUAUACUGCGCACCAACGACGAGUGAAUUUGCGCCUUUUGCUGCCGCUGCGAAAGCCAGAGCGCAAAUCACCAUCGAUGGAGCGAGCGCUGUGAGGACGGCGAUGCGAAGCGUACAAGUUUCAGUUGAAGAUACGAAACGCUUGUUGAAGCCAAUAACGGCGGUGAAAGUAGACGACCUUUUUAGAAGAGGAGAAGGUGAUAGAUCUACUAACGCGCAGUCGUCUACGUUUUGUCUGAUGAAUCCGCACGCCGCCCGAGUUCUUUUGUUCAUUCUAAGAGGCGUUGGGGACGACCAAGUAAAGGCGGUUGAAAUUGCUCGAGCGCUUGAACGCGCCACUUCUUUUGAUGCCGACGAGACUGCACCCGAUCAACUUGAAAUUGCCGCGUUUGCUAUCGAAGCAGUUCGAUGUUUCGUUGGAGAAAAGCUCGCUUCUUCGGCGGAAGUGACGUCCGGUAAGUUUGCUUUCGACUCGUUUUUGAACGCCAUGAAGUCUCAAAUUUCGGUUUCCGUGCGCAUCGCCUGUUUUGAGCAAAUAGCGAGCGGGAGCUAUCCGCUCAUGAAAAUACCACCAACUUCGCGCGCAAAGGUUUUGGACGUUUUGUUCCACGCGAAUAAAAGCGACGGCGAUAAGACCGCGCGUGGCGCUGCGAGAGCUGCAAUCGCGUCGGUCCCCUUGGAUUGCAAAGAUGCCGUAGUCGCCAUUUCCGGAGCGUGUAAAUUUGGAGAUAAGGAUAUCGUCGUUGGUCUCACGAAAGGUGAUUCGUUAGCGAACGCGGUCGCGGCUAUGGAAGUGUUUUCUUGGCGUUCCGACACAGCAGUCAAUCGCGAUGCGUUGAUUCACCCUUGCCAAAAUCUCUGCAGAGCCCUCUUUGCGCAAAACGAAAUCGACGUCGAGGAAGACGCUCGUCGCCAAGCUCUCAAAGAACAAAACGCGGCAAACAAUUCCAAAAAGAAAAAGAAACGCUUCUACGGCGCGGAAGAUAAUUCAUCGUCGUCGUCGAGCGAUGAUAAUAGCGAUGGCGAUGAAAGAAUGAGCGAAAGUGAUGACGACGAUAACAACAAGAAUGAUUCCGAAACGAAAAAGCUCAACGAACAAAUCGCUGAGCGUUCGUAUGCGUUGACGUUAAGUUUGCAAACUUUAACAAAGUUAGCUGAGCUUUGUGGUCAGACCGUCAAUAGUUGGGACAUCGAUCUCAUUUGUGUUUCUGCGUCUAAAGCUUCUGAAGGGAGUUCUCGCGCGGCAGCUCUAGAGCUUCUCUCGGAGAUGGCAAAGAUCAAGCCAGAAAUGGUUGUGAAGAAAGUUGUGGACGUUGCCACGACGCUCUCGAGAAUUGCCGGCGAAAACGACGACGUUACGUUACAGAGAGCUUUAGAAAAUGCUUUGAAAUCUGUCGUACCCGUGUGGCUUUCCUCAGGUAAAGCUGACGUGAAGGAAGUCAUUUGGACAAUCGUAGAGGCGUCGACGAGAGCGCCGGAACGAAGACGCGCGCCAUUGUGUGCCGCGCUCAUUCGCGCCUGUCCUGAAGGCUCGAAAGGUUUGUCUGAGUUGAUUUUACAAGUACUUGAGAAUAGAAACAGUUUGGAAAAGUCCGCCGAAGCGCACAAAAAGAAGAUGUACGCGAUGCUUUAUCAAAAUGAUGCGAAGAAGAAGACGGGUGGGAAUUUAGAUUUGAUGGACCUCGACGAUAACAACGCGGAUGUUGAUGAUGAUGUUGACGACGAGGACGACGAGCUCGAAGACGAAGAAAACAACAACAAAACAAAGUCGAACACGUGGGUCAAAUCUUUGGUUAUGACUUUGCUAGGUCACGAGAAACCAGUCAACGCGGUCGUAACGCUGGUAGAUGCAAUGAAGAACUUCAAACGAUCUGCUGCUUUCCUUCUGAGAAAUGUACUGUCUACGACGACGAUAGAAAACCUCUCUUUCUUCUUUUGUUCCUCUUCCUCUUUUCAAGACGCUCACGUGUACUUCUUUGCCUUUCUUUUUACAACACAACAGAUUGCUGCCUCGAGAGGCUCGGAAGCGUGUAGAGGUGUCGUCGUCGUCGCGAACGCCGCGUCGCGAUUCAUAUCAACUCGAUCUUUUCUUCUCGCGCAGAAGAAAUAUAGCGCACAUUCUGUGGCAAACUCGAACGUGUUACAAACCGCGUUUUCCUCGUUAGCUGAGAGAGCGUUGACGUUGCUAGAUACGAAGGCGUCAUGCGCGAGUGGUCCUUCCGCCUCUAAAGCGGGUAGAGAUUUAUUCUCUGCGUUGGAUGCCGUUUUGCACCCAGGCAAGUUUCUUGAAACGUUGACGCCAUUGCUAUCUUGUGAAGAAACCUCGGUGCGUAAAGCGGCGUUGAAUCUCCUCACGGAUCGUUUGCAAAACAACGAGAACGCGCUGAGGGAUUUGACGAUUUCCGUCAAGAAGCAACAGAAAGAAUCCAACGAGAGCAUUAAGAUUGCAGGUUUGAAACUCAUCGACGAACUCGCAACUCUUGCCGUCAGAGAUGGUACUCCAAACGCUCGUCAAGCGGCUCUUGUCGCGCUUGAAGCCGCAGCCAUGCGGUUUGGUCGCGAUGAAGACGCCACGCAUUAUGCGAAUGCGUUGGUGAACGCCGCGAAACAGGUUGCAGAAAAAUGUUGUUUUGCAAAAGACACGGAAGAGGAAAAUGUGCUGAAAGCUAUUAAUUCGACCACGUCGAACGUGCUCGGUUCAGCCUCUUUGUGUCUCGCGCAAAUUGCUCGAGCCACAGGGCCGAAGUUCAUCGGCGCGUUGGCGCUCGCCGCGCCGGCAAUGACUCGAAUCGCCAAACUGGCCACUCAAAUAUGCUCUAAAAGCGCUGCCGCGAGAAAUGGCGAAACACCAGAGAACGCUUUGGUUGUUUUAUCAGCAACGCUUUCCGCGAUCGACGCGUUUUGUGAAGACCAGCUAGCGAAGUUUAUGAGUCCAUACCUCUUGGACAUUUUGACCGUCGCGACGCAUCCGGCGUUGUGCGCAAAGACAGAGACAGACGAUGAAGAGGAGGAAGAGGACAGAGACGACGAAGGUGUGUCUGGUAAAAAGAAGAAAAAGAAGAGCAGAGAUAGCGUAAAAACAAAUCUUACAUCUCUCAUAGCCGCAAAAGAAGCUGCUGCCGAAUUACGCUCGGAACGCUUAGCGACCUCGUUCGAAUGCCGUGUGCUCAUGCCUCCUCUGGAAGAGUGUUGGGUAACGUUCAUUCGUGAGAGCGAAUCCGCACGCACGGCAAACGAGGCAUUGCGUUCGAGACUGGCAUUUUUGGAAGUUUCAAACAAGGUAGCCGAUCGUAAGGAUGCUACGUCUGCGCACAGAGCUUCGCUGUUUUCGAUUGCUUUGGAAGCCAUGGACGUACGACGACAGUUCGCGGAGGAAGACGACGCGAGCGUUUCGGAGAUGGAAGAAGUAGAAACGUUAGCCGUGAACGCGGUGGCGAAUUUAGCAGUAAAAUGUACCGAGAAAGAGUUCACGCCGUUUUACGCGAAAUGCGUGGAGUGGGCUAAAGCGAGAGCUGGAGAGAAAGAUGCCGCGAGAUGGCGAUUAUCGGCGUUGUUUCGAUUGACGAGUGCUUUGGCGGACCAGUUGAGAGCUGUUUUUGUGCCGUUUUACAGACACGUUCUGGACUUGACAGCGGCAUGCUUAGACGACGAAGCCUUGGAUAUGUUAGAAUCGAACAAGAAAAAGAAGAAAAAGAAGACGGAUGAUGAGAAGAGCAACAAAAACAACGACGAUGUGAUGGACGAGUGGCGCAUGAAGGCGUUCGCGCUCGCCGCUUUGCGUCGGUGUUUCGCAUACGAUUCGGUCAAUUUUCUCACACAAGAACGAUUUAACCAGUUUGCGCCUUUAGUUGCGAAGCACUUGUCUAAAGAACCGCCAAAGAAGAGUCGAGAAUACGCAAUGAGCACCCUGGAUGAACUACUGGACGAAGGUGACGAUGGAGCAAAGGACUUGAAUGAAAACGACUCCGUCGGAGUAAAAUUCAAUCUCGGCGCCGAGUGUGUCGGCUGUUGUGCCGCUCUUUUCGCCGCUGCGCCCGACGAAGCGUUGUGGAAAACGUUACACCGAAACAUCCUGAAUGUUUCCAGAAAUUACGAACAUUCCAGAGCAAAGCUUCUCGUUAUUGCCACGCUCGCUAAAAUUAUCGAGAAUACCCAAGAAGAAUACUUAGUCUUGCUUCCCGAAGCCAUUCCAUUUCUCAGCGAACUUCUCGAGGACGACGAUUUAGAGGUGGAGAUUUCGACGCAGGAUUUGUUGGAUAAGUUGACAAAGUUAAGUGGGGAGGACUUAGCGAGCUUAAUGGAGCACGGAUAUGGCGACAUGAGACACCAAAGUGGACGAGAUAAGGAUAUUGUCAAGCACGAGAGCUACGUGUGA